CAUUAAUACUCUACAACAGUACAACCUUAACCCAUCAUCAACCUAGUACAACCUCAACCCAUCAUCCACCUCACUCACGUCGCCCGUACUCAUAAAAAAAUUCUGUGUAUACAGACGGACUGUCUGGUUGUUGCAGGCUUGCAGCACCAGAUACAGAGUAUGGACGUGUGAUAUACAUAUAUAUAUAUAUAUAUAUAUAUAUAUAUAUCUAAUACAUAUAAUAUUGUAAUCAAGGAGCUGCAAUAACGUUCAUCCAGAAGAUGAAGAAGAUGAGGUGAGUGAGAAACUCAAAUUAUAGAGAGGAAUGGCUUACAAAGCCCUAGACCAUAUCACCUCCUCGGACAUCUCAGCACUUGGUUUACCCUCUGAAGUUGCAGAGUCAAUUUACGAGAAUCUCACUCAAAUCGUCCGUAAUUACGGGAGUGCCACGCCGGAGUCAUGGCAACGCAUCUCCAAACACCUCCUCAACCCGGACCUUCCCUUCUCUCUUCAUCAGAUGUUGUACUACGGCUGUUACCAGGAUUUCGGACCAGACCCUCCUGCUUGGUUACCUGACCCGGAAAGUGCAAAUCUAACUAAUGUUGGCCAGCUAUUAGAGAGCCGUGGAAAAGAGUUUUUGGAUUCAAGAUACAAGGACCCCUUAUCAAGCUUCUCUGAUUUUCAGGAGUUUUCAGUCUCAAACCCUGAGGUUUAUUGGAAAACUGUACUGGAUGAAUUGUGCAUAUCGUUUUCGGUGCCUCCCCAAUGUAUUUUGACUGAGGAUCCAUCUGCCGACAGCCCCUUGUCCCACCCAGGAGGUCAAUGGCUUCCUGGAGCUUACGUGAAUCCGGCAAAGAAUUGCUUGUGUUUGAAUGGUAAGAGGACUUUGGACGAUAUAAUGGUAAUAUGGCGUGAUGAAGGAGACGAAGAGUUGCCCAUUAACAAGAUGACUCUUAAGGAAUUGCGCACGGAGGUCUGGUUAGUUGCACAUGCACUUGAAACACUGGGAUUGGAGAGAGGAUCUGCAAUUGCAAUAGAUAUGCCGAUGGAUGUCAAUUCUGUGGUGAUCUACCUUGCUAUUGUUCUGGCCGGCUAUGUUGUAGUCUCCAUUGCUGAUAGUUUCGCUGCAAGUGAAAUAUCAACAAGGAUCAUGUUAUCUAAAGCAAAAGCAAUUUUUACUCAGGAUUUUAUUGUUCGUGGCGACAAAAGAAUACCCCUAUACAGGAGAGUAGUUGAUGCUCAAUCACCUACAGCUGUUGUUAUUCCCUCCAGACGCUCAAACAUUAGCAUAAAAUUGCGUGACGGUGAUAUUUUAUGGCACAAUUUCCUAGAAAAAGUCAAAGAUUUCAAAGAAGCUGAAUAUAUUGCAGUAGAAAGACCAGUUGAGGCAUUCACAAAUAUCCUUUUUUCUUCUGGAACUACAGGUGAACCAAAGGCAAUUCCAUGGACCCUUGCAACACCUCUCAAAGCUGCUGCAGAUGGUUGGUGUCACAUGGAUAUCCGUAAAGGUGAUAUUGUUGCUUGGCCCACUAAUCUUGGAUGGAUGAUGGGGCCUUGGCUACUUUAUGCUUCAUUGUUGAAUGGAGCAUCCAUGGCUUUGUAUAAUGGAUCUCCCCUUGGUUCUGGCUUUGCCAAGUUUGUACAGGAUGCUGAAGUAACAAUGCUCGGUGUGAUCCCUAGUAUUGUAAGGGCAUGGAAAGCUACAAAUUGUACAGAUAACUGUGAUUGGUCAUCCAUCCGUUGCUUUGGUUCCACUGGUGAGGCAUCUAAUGCAGAUGAAUACCUAUGGCUGAUGGGGAGAGCUCAUUACAAGCCUGUCAUUGAGUAUUGUGGUGGUACAGAGAUUGGUGGUGGAUUUGUUUCUGGGUCCUUAUUGCAGGCUCAAUCUUUGGCUGCUUUUAGCACACCAGCUAUGGGCUGCAGUUUGUUUAUUCUCGGUGAUGAUGGAAUCCCUAUACCACCAGAUGUUCCUGGGAUGGGUGAAUUGGCUCUUGGUCCCCUAAUAUUUGGAGCUUCAAGCACACUAUUGAAUGCUGACCAUUAUAAUGUCUAUUUCAAAGGAAUGCCUGUUUGGAAUGGAAAGGUUCUACGAAGGCAUGGGGAUGUGUUUGAGCGUACUUCUAGAGGAUACUAUCAUGCACAUGGCCGUGCAGAUGAUACAAUGAACCUUGGCGGUAUCAAGGUAAGUUCAGUUGAAAUUGAACGUAUCUGCAAUGCGGUUGAUGAAAAUGUCCUUGAGACAGCAGCCAUUGGGGUUCCACCCGUUGGAGGUGGGCCUGAGAGGUUGGUAAUUGCGGUUGUUUUCAAGGAUUCAAAUGAUUCAUCAUCGGACCUGAAUAAGUUGAAAAUGGCCUUCAAUUUAGCAGUGCAGAAGAAACUGAACCCUUUAUUUAAGGUUUCUCAUGUUGUGAGUGUCGCAUCUCUUCCAAGGACAGCAACAAAUAAGGUUAUGAGAAGGGUCUUGAGACAGCAACUGGCUGAAAUUGACCAAAAUUCUAAGUUGUGAUACUGUUAUCUGCAUAAAGGCACCUUGGUAAGAUAAAUAAUGGUGUUCUGUUUAUUUUCAUCACAUGAAUAUUGGCUGAUUCUCAUGGUCUGCAGUUCUAUUCCAAAUAAAUGUGUGGAUGCUAUUUGAUUCUCAUCGUCAGCAGUUCAAUUCCGAAUAAAAGUUUGGAUAGAUUAUUUCUUUAAAGAACGAAAUGAAUGAAAAGAGUGAGAGAUUGUAACUUUAUAAAAUCACAGAUACCAGAAUGAAAAUAGUGAAAGAUCCCGUUGCAGAUGCACCGGACUAUUAUUUGUAAAAUUAAAUUUGUGGGAUGGCCCCAAGAAGAUUGGAACUCCCGACUUCCUGGAUGUAAGGUGAGAGUUUUUGCUAUUUGGCUA